UAAUAUUCCACAACGAUGUGGUCAAUAAUAGUUUUAAUAUUUUUUUCCACAAUAUCUUACCUUAUAACUGAUGAAUUAAUUCCUAAAAUGAAAAAUCUAUUCAUAAAUGCCGGUCUAUAUGGAAUCGAUCUUUGCAAGAUAUCGAAAGAAAAAGUACCUGAAGCAAUUGGAGUUGUCUCGGGUUGCGUUUUCUUAGUGACUAUUUUCUUGUUUAUACCAAUUGUUUUUGGGAAUGGAUUAAUGGACAGAGGAAACUUUCCACACAACGAGUUUGCAGAGUUGCUGGCAGCGCUGUUGUCAAUAUGUUGUAUGUUACUGCUAGGGUUUGCAGAUGAUGUAUUAAAUUUGAAAUGGAGGUAUAAAUUACUUCUCCCUACAAUUGCAUCUUUACCGUUACUAGUAGUUUACUAUGUGAAUUUUAAUUCUACUACAUUUAUUGUUCCAAUACCUCUGAGGCAGUUCUUUGGAGUUUCUAUUAACAUUGGUAUUUUAUAUUAUAUUUAUAUGGGAAUGCUAGCAGUUUUCUGCACAAAUGCCAUAAAUAUUUUAGCUGGAAUAAAUGGUCUUGAAGUCGGACAGUCGGCUGUUAUAGCAAUCUCAAUAAUAAUUUUUGAUAUUAUAGAAUUGAGAGGUGACCAAUUUAAAGCUCACAGCUUUUCACUACACAUUAUGAUACCAUACCUUGCUACGACAUUAGCUCUACUUAAACACAAUUGGUAUCCAUCUAAAGUUUUUGUGGGUGAUACAUUUUGUUAUGUAUCAGGAAUGACUUUUGCUGUAGUUGCCAUUCUCAGCCAUUUUAGUAAAACUGUUUUGUUAUUUUUCUUACCACAAAUUAUCAAUUUUUUAUAUUCUGUACCACAGCUAUUUCACGUAAUACCUUGCCCAAGACACAGACUUCCCAAGUAUAGCGCAGAAACAGACAUACUCUACCCAAGUAAAACAGUUAUAUCAAAAAAAGAAAUGACUGCUUUGAAUGAAUUAGUUUUAGGAAUACUAACACGUUUCCGUUUAAUUGAUAAGCUCGAAGAUGAUGACAGCAUAACAAUUAAUAAUAUGACACUAAUAAAUUUGUUUUUGAUAAAAUUAGGCCCAAUGCCUGAAGUACGAUUAACUGCUAGUUUGCUAUUAUUUCAAAUUUUUUGUACAUGUGUAGCAUUUCUGAUAAGAUAUCCAAUGGCCUCUUAUUUUUAUGAUGUUAAAACCUAACUUAAGUUUUAUUACAUUUUAUAUAAAUACCAAAUUGUAAAUAUAAAUUGGACAUUA